AUCGUAAUUAUCUGAUCCUGGUUGUAACUUUUUCUUCUUAUUCUUCCAUCUGCAACUGCAAUAGAGCCCAAAGACCCAAAAUUUGCAGAGUUUAAGGUUUGGAACGAGCUUCUCUGUCUAGAGGUUGCAGGCACUGCAACUCUAGAAGACUGACAACAUUCCUCCAUAAGUCACUCUCUGUCACUUGCAGUAAGAUUGACAGAAACAGAAGAAUUGACAAGAAAAAGGGACAGUUUAACUCUGGAAAUUCGACAACAGUAUCUCAUAUUUUCCCUUCCUUGUGCAACUAAUAUUUUCACAUGCCCUACUAGCAGCUAAUUAACUAAAAACCCACUCCAAUGGGGGACGGGAUACAACCAUAUAAAAUAUGAGAAACAUCAGACCUACUGGCCAAGCAAUCCAACCCCAACUAAAACACUGCUCCCAUAACCAAAAUAUCCCAACACAUAUCCACGCCCUACAUUGUCAUAAAUAAGUGCUUAUUAUAUGAUGUUUAUACUACUAGUAGAUUCUCAAGGCGGGGAAUUUGCAGCCAAUUUACCACCAAGGAGGACUGGACAUGGCCCUUCCCUGCCAAAAUUGGGGAGCGGCAGUUCAAACCAACAAUGAUCAAAGCAUCUGCAUCCAAGCCGUGAGAAGAAAUGGGGGUGGCCUCGAGCUGGUGCAAAUGCAAUCUAGAUGCGCUUCUUUUUCUGCUUCCUGACGAUGGGUUUCUUGGUGCUAAGGCUCAAACCAUCCGAAUCGGGAGUCGGAUUACUUUGCGGUUCCUCAGGUAGAGUGCAGUGCAUAAACUUCUUGUUGGAUCCAACCUGGGUGCACAGCAGCUUCAACAUCUUUCGUCCCCUCAUCCACUUCAGCAUGAUUUUCAUGUGUGUUUUGCUGUUCAAUCCACUUAUAUUAGCUUCCUGUUACGAAGUAACGAAAAUGCAUUACCAUAUGGUUCAGUCCCAUCUUUUGUUUCAACCAUCCUGCCAUGUUAUGUACUUGAAUAAGCUAACAGUCACCAUCCUUUACAUUACUAAUGCAUUGGCGACCAAACAUGGCAGGAGACUUCACAGCCAUUAUAGAUGAGCUGUUUUAUCUCAGCUCAUAAGUGAACACUUUAAUUAGAAGAAAAGAAUUCAAGAAUGAGAAGAAAGUAAACCAACAACAGGAACCGUAUGUAGUAACUGAGCGUUCGAGAUAUGCAGACUUGAAGUCGAGAGGGUUCGAAUCAACAAGCUGCAGCUUUCUUAACCAUGAAUAUCUCAGCUUAAUAAUGCGAAGGUUAAUGUGAAAUGCCAAAUGAAAUCAGCAGAACAAACAAGAUCAGGGUUCCACCGGAUGCAGACGAAUAGCUAUAUGAUCACAAGACAGCCCGAAACGCAGGAUACAUAGAAUUUAGCCCAACCCCAGAGACUGGCAGCAGCAUAAACAUGGCCAUGGAAUGGGUACCAUACCAAAAUGAGCAAAAAUGUUGAAUGGACAAGGAAGCUUAGGAUGUUGCAGACAGAUAAGAGCUCAAACAAUCAUCAAAAUCCAUUGCAUAAUUGAGGCAAUCGAUCAUCAUCUCCAUGAAAAAGAACUUCUUUCCCUUUCCGAAUGAAUAGUUGGGCACACACACGCGCGAAAUGAAUCAAGUAGGAAAGGGGAAAUGCACCUUAGCGAAGUUCCAUGUAUUGGGGACGGUGAGGGGGCCAUUCUGCUUGAUGAUGUUGUACAGUGACUCGGAAAUCGCAAAAGCUUCCGGGAAAGGGACCUUAGGGUUUAUCUUCCUCACGUUGACGGCGCGCUCUUUCGAGAAGUAUCUAACCAACGCAUUCUUAAUCAAACCGCCGGUACUUCCACCGCCGGUGAAGCCCCACCUCAUCUUUCUUCUGUACUUCCUCCUCGCGCUCUUCCUCGCUCGCAACAACCAGCCGGCGGCCAAGAGUGGGUCUGAGACCUGCGUUGCCCUGUUUCGCCUGCUCGGGGUUUGCACUUGCAGUUGGAGCCUGAAGGUCAGGGGAGACUGAUUCUCGUUUCCUCAAAUUCGAUAGACAUGGGUCAGUGGCCCAAUGUAGAACCCAAAUAUAAAUAUGGGCUCUAGCUCAAUUAUCAUUACCGCGCUGGAUUUAUAAUUUGGGCUGUUAGUGGGACUGGAUCCGCUUUGCACAUGCAUACAUGUGAUUCACGGGUACAUGGAAAGAAUGAGAUUCAGGUAUGACGAGGAUAGAAAUAGCAUACUACAAUCCAAAGACUAUCAAUUAAUUUAUUCACUCAAUAAUAUUUCCCUAAUUCAAAUUUAAAUGGAUCAAAUCCAUUAUAUUGAUAGGUUCAUGAGUUGGGCUAGUGAAUUUAUAUGAAUUUACAAUUCAAUACCUACAUUUUUCUUCUCGACUUAUGCUACUUAAACUUACAUCUACGGAUUUUGAGAGUUGGGAUAAACCAUGCUCAGCUUGUUUACUUUUCGAAUUCUUCUGGUUAUAAGUGGUACUCUUUGAAUUGCUUGAUUGAAUGUAUACCUUAUGAAAUGUCAUUGUUUGUGGGAUUAUACGGGUUGAAGAGGAUUUUGAAUAUGAAAGUGAACUGUAAAGUCAUAACAUCUCUUACAACAAUACUUUGGAGUAACAAAGAUGAGUAUUUUUUUUUGAAUGAAAUCUGAGCGAAGAUCUUCUCCGUUAAAAAGGUCCUCCCUACAAUCCACUUGGAAUGCAUAAUUUUUUUUAUUAAUAUGACCUCUUCGGGAUCCUUAUACGAUUUGUAGCGAGCUUCAAUGCCUGGCAUAGUCGAAACUGUCAAGAAACCAUUGAUCCCUAAAUAACUCGAGUUGUUGAGGUUCAAUUAUGGAUCAUAUACCACUUACAACACAACCUCUCAAACGAAUGCCAGCUCAAUAGGGCUUGAAGUUUGUACAGACAUCAUAAUGUCAUAUGCUUAACAAAGGGUCAACGAGAUUUGAAUAAAAAAUAUUUGAGUCA